AUGUGGCGCGGACACAGCUACCUACAGCUAUGGAACACAAUCCUCUACUUCAUCCUAGCGAUAGUCACCACGCUUGGGAACGCUGUGGUGGUGCUAGCGGUCUUUAAGGAUCCCUUCAAACAGCUCAAAAAACACAUAGCCUCGUACCUAAUCGCGAGUCUAGCCGUCAGUAAUCUCGUGCUUGUUGUGGGAGAAUUACUCGAGGCAGCUACGAACAUCGUGUAUGGAAUGGAAGCAUACAUAAUUCCUGGGCCUCCUCUAGUCAAAGCUGCAGAUAUCUUAGUGUGUUUUGCCGUUAGUAAUUCCGUGAACACUAUACUUGGUCUUGCAAUCGAGAGAUACGUUCUGCUGCAGUCGGAAGGACACUCAAUGCGUAAGGUCACUCCUCGACAAGUUGCCGGUAUACUAACCGUUUUAUGGGCAACAUCGUCUACCAUUGGCCUUUCAAGGAUCGCAUUUCAAACCGUUCACAGCUACCGCAAAGCGAUAGGAAUCAUAGGUGUUAUUUCUGUGUCUACGACAAUGUGCUUGUAUCUCGUAAUAUUCUUCAAAAUACGGCGUGUGUUUCGUAUGGACAUUGCGCGCGCAAGUGGUGAAAAUCGGGCGCUGACCAUCAGCGGACUCACUGCGCAGCGCAUACGAAAACGACAGAUGGACGCUGCCCGGACUAUUAUUUUAAUUUUGGCGUCGCUUAUUUUUUUAUGGACACCAACAGCAGUGCACUUAGUUCAGCACCUUUGUACAAAAAAUUCGCUAGCUUAUCCCCAGAUUGAACUGAUUUAUAUUAUAGGGCUGAUGAACGCGGCUGUAGACCCAGGAAUCUACGCGUUUCGCACGUCUCGCUUUCGGCGUGCAAUUGCUGCCAUCCUCUUAAAGAAACACAGGAAGUCAUCAAAACAUCACCAGUACAUGCACAGAAGAAGAAGGGUGGAAAACAAAGAGAAACCGUGCUAG